AUGCAUCUAAUGUACACGCUUGAUGAUACCGGAAACAGAGUCUACACGCUCAAGAAAAUAACAGACGACGGCAAAGUUACUAAGUCUGCACACCCUGCACGAUUUUCGCCGGACGACAAGUUUUCUCGACAUCGGGUGACAAUUAAAAAGCGUUUCGGUGUCCUACCUACACAGCUGCCGUCGAAGCCAAUGUGA